GUAAAAAGACCCUGCAAAGACACCGUACGUUCACAGGAAUAGUAGAAUUCAUUAAUAAUCCGUCUUUUAAGAUCCUGGUUAACUUCACACUGUGCGUGCUUAUUCAAAUGAGACAUCGCGGAGCAGGACAGCACUGUUUUGCUAAUGUGCAGAACAGGAAGUCAUACUAAAGCGCUUUCAAAACAAGUUGUCUUAGACGAGACAUCUUCGGUAUUUUACCCAGUAGAUGGCAGCCAAAGAAAGAUAUUUAAAAGGUGACAUCUUGCCAAUUAGAGCGCAUAACCUGCACCAUGGGGAAGAGAUACUACUGUGACUACUGUGACCGGUCCUUUCAGGAUAACAUGCACAACAGGAAGAAACAUCUGAAUGGUGUUCAGCAUCACAGAGCCAAGAAGGCCUGGUUUGACCAUUUCAGAGACACUGCAGCCAUUCUGUAUGACGAGCAGACAAAGAAACCCUGCAGGAAGUUUCUCCAAAAAGGGAUUUGUGAUUUUGGCCCUAACUGCAGGUUUUCUCACAUGUCGGAAGAGGAUUUCUUUCACUUACAAAGACAGGUGGAAGAAGAACAACAGCGUAAAGAGGACUCUAAAGACAGAACAAAGCCUGAUCGAACCAUAGAAGAAUGGCUCUCCAGAAGGGAAAAGAAGCAGUCUGCCAUCAGUACCAAAGGGGAUAAAAAAACUGAGGAAGACGGUGAAGAGGGCCAAGCAGAAAUUAAUGUACCUCCACAGCUCCUUUCAAUUCCUGACCUUCCUCCCUCUCUUCUGCCUCCUCCUCCAGGUGGAUGGAAAGUCAAAGUGAACACAGAAUGGGGUUGAAUGAUGUUCACUGGGUCAAAUCAUUAUUGAAUAUGUCAUGUUGAUAGAAGGGAAACUGGUACAGAAUAGCAAUGUUAUUCAGAGAUGGUGUCAGGUUCAUAUCUGAAGAAAUUAGGCUCGUCAGAUUGAAAUGAGGUUGACAGUUCCUACUUUGAAUCUGUUCCCAUUUAUUCCCAUUUUAAGAAUAGGAAUGAAAUACAUGUUUUGCAUGCUUAACGGUGCUGGCAGUGUUUGUUUUAUUUAUUACAUUUUACACAAGAUUUCAAGUCUUUUGUGUAACAGUUCAAUUUAACAGUAAAUAGUAGCUGAUUUAAGAUGAGUCAAAGUCUGUGUUUACAUAAAACACAAUAAGGUGAAUCUGAGAUUUGCAAUCUUCCUACAGCCGCCGUAGAAUAACCUUGAUGAUUGACAUUUUGGUUGUGUGUUGUCGAGUGCCUUUACACUGUGAGUUAGUUUUGACGUCAUGUAGUCCCUGAAGGAACAUGGUAAUGCUCAGCAGAUGGAAAUAAUUUUAGUUUUAUUUUAAUCCUGUGCUGCGUCACCGGGGGAAUCACUGAUCUGCCAGAGUUUUAUAUCCAACCCAGUCACUGGAAAACACCAUUUUACUUCCUAUAGUAAUAUAAAUAGUAAAGAUGACAAACUAAUGAUUUGGACUAAAGGUCAUAAUGAAAGAUGCCAUAGUUGGAAAGUUUCUUAAUGCACGGCAACAAACAAACCCCAUGCAGAUCCCUAGACCUUGUGACUGAUGCAUUUAUAAUUGUCUUUUAAUUAGACCUAAAUUAGGUGGUUCCUCUUAGGGCAAUGCUGAGAUGUAUUUACUUGGAACUGUUUCCACAUGUUGUAUACCUAAAGCAGUGUUUACAUCAGAAUCGUCAUUAAAUUUGUAUUUUUUUUUUCUCUCUUA